AAUGAAGAGGGAGGUGGUGAGGAAGAUAAUAUGUACAAUUUAAGACAGCUGCAUAGAGGCAUAGAUGCAUGUCCUGGGGUCUACAGAGAUGACGUAGAACCAUCUAUGAUGCCUGCCCCAAAGUACCAGCCCCGUCCAGCUAAUCCAGAUGAUAUUAUCCGCUUCGUUGAAGAUAACUUGAAGAUGUCAGAUAAUGAUCCAACUGUUCCUGCAUACGAUUCACUGCUGGUAUUUCAUUAUGAAGGUGCUGGUUCAGACGCUGGUUCUUUAAGCUCACUACAUUCUGACAGCUCAGGAGGUGAUCAGGACUUUGACUUUUUAAAUCAAUGGGGACCCCGCUUCAAAAAACUUGCCAAUAUGUAUGGAGGUGAAGAUGAAUGAACGUA